CCACUCAGCCUUUCUUUAUCCUCACAAGUACCGCGGACCAAAGAACUGCCACAUUCCCGAGGAGGACCCAAUUUCCUUUUUUUUUUCUCCCCCCCCUCCCCACGCCUUUCAAAUUUCAUUGAUUCUUCAGCAACAACCACAAAAAAAAAGAUAUUCGGGGGACCACUUGAACAUUCCUAUUUCCUGGUUUAAUAACGCGUUUUCGUUGAACGUCUCCGUUGUCGGGACGGACGGACCUUGACUCGCUCAUUCAAAUAUUCUACUCGGGUUUUUAAUUUUUUUUUUAAGUAGUUUUUUUUAAAGCAAGUAAGACUAAUACAAGCAGGCUAGUUGAAGCCACUUUUUUUAAAAUUAUUAUUUGGCAUCGUUUUCCCCCUCCCGUUCACGUGUGGUGUAAAGUUAAGGCAUAAAAAAAAAAAUCGAUCGACAAUGGCAGGUUUGAACUCUUUGGAUGCUGUCAAGAGGAAGAUUCAGUGUUUGCAGCAGCAGGCAGACGACGCCGAAGACCGGGCUCAGGUCCUGCAGAGGGAGCUGGACAGCGAACGAGAGCUCCGGGAGAAAGCAGAGGGUGAUGUCGCCGCUCUGAACCGUCGCAUCCAGCUGGUGGAGGAGGAGUUGGACCGGGCCCAGGAGAGGCUGGCCACAGCGCUGCAAAAACUGGAGGAGGCCGAGAAGGCUGCAGAUGAGAGCGAGAGAGGAAUGAAGGUGAUCGAAACCCGAGCAAUGAAGGACGAGGAGAAGAUGGAGAUUCAGGAGAUGCAGCUGAAGGAGGCCAAGCACAUCGCGGAGGAGGCCGACCGCAAAUACGAAGAGGUGGCUCGCAAGCUUGUGAUCCUGGAGUUGGACCUGGAGCGAGCCGAAGAGAGGGCCGAGCUCUCAGAAUGUAAAGCCAGCGACCUGGAGGAGGAGCUGAAAAAUGUAACCAACAACCUGAAGUCCUUAGAAGCCCAGUCGGAGAAGUACUCAGAAAAGGAGGACAAGUACGAGGAGGAGAUCAAAGUUCUCAGUGACAAACUGAAGGAGGCUGAAACCCGUGCAGAGUUUGCUGAGAGGACAGUGGCCAAACUGGAAAAGUCCAUCGACGACCUGGAAGAAAAAUUGUCACAUGCCAAAGAGGAGAAUCUGGAUAUGCAUCAAGUCCUGGACCAGACCCUGCAGGAACUUAACAGCUUAUAAACACACACACACACAAACACACACAUAAGGAUGAGAUGUAACAUUCCAUAAAUGUUCAACUCCAUUCCACUGUCUUCCUUGAGUAAGAGGGGAUUGAUGUAAUGUCCCUUUGAUGUUCUUUUUGUGUCAUUGCUUUUUUAUUUUUUUUUUUUUUUCAAAAUGCAAUCUUGUUUUCAAGACUGGAAGUUAUUCACGCUGUUCCUCUCAAACUGUACAAAUUGCAUCCCCGCAUGCAGCCCCCAAUUAUUUAGACCCCUUUAAAUAGAAACUAUUCAAAUUGAGAUUAUUUUGUCCCAUCCAGCCACACCUCACAGUUGUGGAACAAGCACAAACCAUUUUUUUUUUUAACUCUCAAUUGUAACGGGACUCUGAAGCGCCACACUGUGGUGGAAUGCAGCUAUUGAACACAAUCAGCAUGGUUAUUUUAUGUAAUUCACAUAUACAAUACCCACUUGUGUGUUUAAAUGGGCAUUUUUCUUUUUUUUAUUGUUUGGUCCUGGUACAAUACAAUUUAAGUUAAAAUAUACAUGUAUUGGAUACAAGGUAAUUUUCCAGCUUCAUCCAAAUUAUUAAAAACUUUUUUGUAUUGCUAAACUGCAAUUAUGUACGCAUUAUUUUGUUUAGAUAUGCAAUCUUAACCCCCAAACCACUGUAGGCAUUGUGAAGUAUGAUAAGCCACGGAUCCUCAUUGUAUAUAGUAGAAUAAUGUUAGGUUUAGUGCUGCCUUUUUUCUUUUUUCUUUUUUUUUAUCAUAUAUCGAUGCCAGAGGAACUUUCAAGACCAAAGAAAGCAAACAACGCACACAAUAAAUUGUCAACACCCUUUUUUUAAAUGUCAUCUCAUGCCAGGACCAUUUGAAAAUGUCUACAAUUUAUGUUAAGAACAUUCACCAAAUCCCCUCGUCACCUAAUAAAUGUUUUACAGAAAUAUUGACCAAUUUGA